GUUAUUUCUGUCACCAUAGAGUAAAUUGUCAUCUGUCACUGUCACAAAUAAAUCACCAUCUGUCAUUAACUAAAAAGUUUCGUGUCGUGUUUCGUGGAUGGUUCGUGUAAAAUAUUUUUUAAAUUUAAGUUUUUUAUAAGUGUAUGCACAUUUAAUAUCAGUUGUUAUAAUUUAUCGAUCAUGGUUGUGUUCGAAGGAGAGGCUGGUGAUGCGAAAGCCAUGAUCAGUGAGGAGAGCGAAAAGGGACAAGUUAAAUCUUCUUCUUUAUUGACUUUAGAAAUUUUUAGAUUAACAAAGGAUGCCCAGCAACAGCACGGUUUGCGCCAUGGCGAUUAUCAGCGCUAUCGGGGCUAUUGUUCCCGAAGAAUUAGGCGUCUACGUAAAGUGCUCAAAAUACCACAGGGAGACAGACGGCAUUAUCGCCGUCGUGACGUCACAACUACGCAUUUGACAGCGACAAGUGCAGAGAAUCGAUUGCUCUGCAUACCAUUAUUGCAAGCUGAGCGCGCUUGGGCUCAUGCCAUGCAGUUGCGGCAAGAGGCAAACACAGAGCCCCGCAAGAAGUUUCAUCUAAUUGCCCGUUUAAAGAAGGCGUCUUCCCAUGCCCAAACUUUGUUACAGCUUUCUGAGCAAAGCGGCGUGUGCGACGCCCGCACUCAGCUGGAGGCGGGCGCGUACGCGGCGUGGUUGGGCGGCGUACUGCUGGUGGAGCUGCAGCAGUGGCGCGCCGCCGCCGACAGUCUGCAGCGCGCGCACCUAGUGCUGGACAAGCUAUGCGCCGCGCUGCCAGAGGACGAGCGGCAGGUCUACAGGCAGAAGUCCGAAGAACUCAAACCGAGCCUCCGGUAUUGCGCUUACAAUAUAGGUGAUGAGUCGGCUGCAGGGGAUCUGGUCGCCAUGCGCGGGCAAGGACUCAUCGAAAAUCUGGAUGCUCUUAUGGCUCAAGCCAAGGAGUCCCGUUCGGGAGUGAUGCAUGAAGUAGAAUGGCGCGGGCGCCGCGUCACUGUUCGUCCCGAGAAAGUGCGUCUUUUCCUUAUAGCGCUCCAGGAUCUCGACAAAUCUGUCGCCAACACUCAAAAUGUCCAAGCCAAGAUCGAUAUCCUCGAGAACAUUCUAAUGGACUGCAAGGAUGCCAUAUCUGCUAUCAAAGAUGAGAUGAAGAACGAUCCAAAAUUAAAGACCGCUUCCACCCAAGAAGCCCAGCUGUCCGGCAUCAACUACUUGCUAUCCUACUUAAUGUAUUUACGUCUCCUACGGACCAUCGAGAGGAACAACCUUUUAGUGCAGCAAGCUGAAGAGGCUCGCAAAAACAACACCCAGAUCGACGGGAAGAAAGUGCGACCCCACGAUUUGACAAGACUCUAUGAGAUUAUAUUGCAGAACUUCACGGAACUCCAACAGCUGCCAGGUUUUGAAAACGAUUCGGCGUACCAGCUCGAGAUAGAGACGCAAAUGAAGGCGUACCGUGCAUUCAGAUGUUUCUAUAUAGCUCAAGUGUUGACUGGACUCAGACGUUUCAGGGAGGCUUUAGCUAUGCUCGAGAGAAGCAACAAUUAUACCAACGAGUCCCUCAACAGUAAAUUGAACGAUCAACAACUAUCAGACAAGCUGCAAGUGUUGAAGAAAGAUAUAGAAAGCUGCAAGUUCGAGGUUCACGCAGACUCUGUAUUGGAAGAUGAUGAUGAACAAGACGAAGAAAACAAGUACACUUCUAGUGGAAAAUCUUAUAAGGAAAAGAAACCUCUCGUCGACAGAUUGGAUGAAUAUCGAGAGGACACACAGGCUCUAACGAAAAAUCCUAAUAUAUACAAGAUGCCACCAGCGAUGGAAGCGAUACCUUGUAAACCGUUGUUCUUCGAUUUAGCGUGUAAUUUUGUUGAAUUCCCGAAUCUGGACGACAAAACCGGUGCCGCUGAUAGCAAGAAACAGGGUGCUGGUCUUACUGGUUUGGUAAAAGGCUUUUUGGGUUGGGGCAAAGGCGAUAAAUAAAUGUAUUUGUUUUUUCUCUCUUUUAAAUAGAUUCAUCUUUGAGAUGGAAUUAUAUAUUUAUUAAUUUUAAGAGAAAUGAACAAGAAUAGUGUCAUGUCGUGCACGUCAUUGACAUUUCCAAAUAAAACAACUUUAUGAAUAUAAAUUUUCUCUUAUAUAGAUUUUGUAUUUACUGUCCUUUUUCGGUUCUUCUAUAUGUAUGUCUGGGUAAAAAGUUUUUGUAUAGAUAUGAGUGCAAAUACAUAAAUAUCAUGC